AUGGAGCAGGUAUCGGAAUCAAACCGCCGCGAUGAACCCUAUGCGACUAGCUCAUCGUCGACCACCGUAGAAGGCGGUGUCUCCGGCGGUGGAGAAGCUUUAGCUCGAGGCUUAUCGGCUAUGCUCGAGUCCGUGAUUAAGGACUUCGACUCUAAAGUCAGUGAUACGCUCAAUAGCCAAAACCAACUCUCCAGUUCGCUCGAUCGCUUAGUCCAAGAAACAUAUGUGUUGGAAUGUUUGUUCUUCGAUGCGAUGUUUUGGGGAGAAGAUAGGAGAGCUUGUGGAGCGUCACUGGCCAUUGGUGUGUUGUGGAUGUGGGAAGCUAUUAGGGUUGUUUCGUUUGUGUAUUGUUUAUUGGAAAGAUUGUAUUGUGAGGGGUUUUCGUUGCAGCUCCAAAUUGGGAUCAGCUGCUUUGCUUUUGAUAAUGUGGAGUUGCUUCCUUAG